AUGGCCGACUUUGACUUCGACCUCACCUCCGCGCCCGUCCUCCUCAUCAUCUUCCUGACGGUUGUUCUCGCGGCCUCGCUCGUGUUCAGCAAGUCCACAAAGCAGCCCGUCGCUGUCCCCGUAGCUGUCCCCGCCAAAUCCACCCAAUCGACGCCUGUGGCCGAGCCCGCAGUACCAGUGAAGGCGCAGGCGAGCGGAGCUCAGCCCCGGCCUGAGCUUGUUUCUCGGGAUUCCCGCGGAUCGGGACGUGGUUUCCAGCGGACCAAGAAGCUCGACUAG